AUGACCAAGCAUUCCUGUGCUCCUGCGCAGGCGAUGAACAUCAACUACCUACGCCCCAAAGCCAUCCUUGGAGACUUCGGAGACCUUCACACUCGGUGGGGCGUCCUCAUAAGCAACGAAGACUGGCCAUCCGCUACCUGUGACAGCCAACACCACCAUAAAAAAGAGCUCUGGACCAAGCGCCAAGUCCUCGAGACCUUGAUCGGAAUGAAUAUGUACAUCUCCCCGCAUCUCCGAACGUCCAGUCUCAAUCUAUGGCACAACAAGCCAAAACUUAACCUGGCGAUACAUCUAAGAUAUCAUCUAGGUGACGUUAACGAAGUGUACAGCGCUGACAAGGAGUUUUUCGGUUUGGCGGAGAAUUGGUCGGCUGAUGAAUGUGAAGGAGCUGAAGUGGGUGGCGCAGCUGGAAUAGCACGCAAGGGCCAGGGCGGGAGCAUGUAG